GCCGCCCCCCCCCUCGCGAGAGUGGUAAACAGUCGAGCGCUAAAAGAGUGUCUCCUGCCGCCGCACUCUCCCUCACGGACUUCGUCUAGACGACGAGACGUCUUGUUUAAACUCACCUCGAAUGGACAUUUACGAUUAGCAAGCAUCCGCGAGUGUUCGUAGGUCGCGAUAAUGUUUGCAUGCAGCUGCCGCUCGGCUUUCUGUGUCCGCUGUCGGGCAGCCGAGGCGGGCCGGCCUCUCGCGACCCCGAGACAUCGGCGUUGAUUCCCUCCCCCCCCCCCCCCCUUUGUUUUUUUAAAAACAAAUUAAACAUUUAAAUCGUUUUUUACGUCGCGCGAAGCUACAGUCAUGGGCGACGCGGACAAGUUUUUCUACAUCUACAGUUGCGACCUGGAGUUGAACGUUCAACUCAAAAUAGGUAGCCUGGAGGGCAAGCGGGAGCAGAAGAGCUACAAGGACCUACUGGAUGACCCCAUGCUCAAGUUCUCCGGGCUGAACCAGGAGUCAUGUUCACACCUGUACGUCACAAGCCAGGUGUUGGGAGACGGAAGGCCGCUGGCUCUACCUACACGCACCGCCUACAAGCCCUUCAGCACGCGCUGGAAUUGGAACCAGUGGCUGCAGCUGCCCGUGAAGUUUGCUGAUCUGCCGAGGAACGCGGUGCUUGCACUCACCGUGUGGGACAUGUACGGACCGGGCCGCGCCGUGCCGGUUGGAGGAACCACGGUGUCGCUGUUCGGCAAGCACGGGCUGUUCCGACAGGGCAUGCACGACCUGCGUGUGUGGCCAGGAGUGGAGGCAGAUGGUUCUAAUCCGUCCACAACUCCUGGCAAGGCGGGCAGCUCGCAAGGGGACGAUCAAAUGAGUCGGCUCGCUAAGCUGACCAAAGCUCAUCGGCAGGGACACAUGGUCAAGGUGGACUGGCUGGACCGCCUUACUUUCCGUGAAAUUGAGAUGAUUAAUGAGAAGGAGAAAAGGAACUCGAACUUCAUGUACCUGAUGGUGGAGUUUCCUCGAGUGGUGUUCGAAGACACGGAGUACGCUGUUGUGUACUACGAGAAGGAGGGUGACGAGGUGGACGAGGUUUUGCUGAACCCGGAGAUUGUCAAAGUUCCUGAUCCGCAGAUGUCUCUGGAGAACUUGGUGGAGAGCAAGCACCACAAGCUGGCGCGCAGCCUCCGCUCCGGUCCAUCUGACCGUGACCUCAAACCAAACGCUGCCACACGAGACCAACUCAACAUCAUCGUGGGCUACCCACCGACCAAACAGCUGACCUCCGAGGAGCAAGACUUGGUGUGGAAAUUCCGCUACUAUCUGACCAAUCAGGAGAAAGCGCUGACCAAGUUCCUCAAGUGCGUCAACUGGUCCCUGGCGCAGGAAGCCAAGCAGGCGCUGGAGUUGCUCGGGCGCUGGAAGCCAAUGGAUGUGGAGGAUUCGCUGGAGCUGCUCUCGCCGCAGUUCACCAACCCCACCGUGCGCCGCUACUCCGUCACCCGCCUGCAGCAGGCCGACGACGAGGACCUGCUGAUGUACCUCCUGCAGCUCGUGCAGGCCCUCAAAUACGAGAACUUCGAGGAGAUAAAGGCCGGCUUGGAGCCCAGCAAGAAGGAGACCGGGCAGAUGGUGAUGUCCGAAAGCACCCUGGCCCCUCCAGCCAAGGAAACGGAGCCGGACGGUUCACAGCCCGCUGCGGGCCAGCCUCCUUCCGGCUCUUCGCUGUCAUCGACGAAAAGCAAAGACGUGCCUGACAAUGAAAACCUGGAGUGUGAUCUCUGCACCUUUCUGGUGUCACGGGCAUGCAGAAACGGCAUGCUCGCCAACUACCUGUACUGGUACCUGAUUGUGGAAUGCGAGGACCAGGACACAAUACAGAGAGACCCGAAGACGCACGACAUGUACAUCAGCGUCAUGCGCCGGUUCAGCCAGGCCCUGCUCAAGGGUGGGAAAGACGCACGCACCCGGCGUACGCUGCUGGCCGCUCAGCAGACGUUCGUGGACCGCAUGGUGCAGCUCAUGAAGGCCGUGCAACGCGAGAGCGGCAAUCGCAAGAAGAAGAUCGAGCGGCUGCAGUCCCUGCUGGGCGAAGCCGAGGCCGGAAGGGGCAGCUUCCUCACCUUUGACCCCAUCCCUCUACCCCUGGAGCCGGAGGUCAAAACCAAUGGCGUCAUCCCGGAGAAAGCCACGCUCUUCAAGAGCGCGCUGAUGCCCGCCAAGCUCAUCUUCCGCACGACGGACGGCGCCGAGUACCCCGUGAUCUUCAAGCACGGAGACGACCUGCGACAGGAUCAGCUCAUCCUGCAGAUCAUCUCUCUCAUGGACAAGCUCCUGCGUAAAGAGAACCUGGACCUGAAGCUGACGCCAUACAAGGUCCUUGCCAGCAGCACCAAACACGGUUUCAUGCAGUUCGUGGAGUCGGUCGCAGUGGCAGAGGUCCUGGCUUCAGAAGGAUGCAUUCAGAAUUUCUUCAGGAAGCACGCUCCGAGUGAGAAGGGCCCUUACGGGAUCAGUGCCGAAGUGAUGGAUACGUACGUGAAGAGCUGCGCUGGCUAUUGUGUCAUAACUUACAUACUUGGCGUUGGCGACAGACACCUGGAUAAUUUGCUACUCACCAAAACAGGAAAGCUUUUUCACAUCGACUUCGGCUACAUCCUGGGCCGCGACCCCAAGCCGCUGCCGCCCCCGAUGAAGCUCAGCAAGGAGAUGGUGGAGGGCAUGGGAGGCAUGCAGAGCGAGCAGUACCAGGAGUUUCGCAAGCAGUGCUACACGGCUUUCCUGCACCUGCGCAGGUACGCGAACUUGAUUCUGAACCUCUUCACGCUCAUGGUGGACGCCAACAUCCCCGACAUCGCCCUGGAGCCCGACAAGACCGUGAAAAAGGUGCAAGACAAGUUCCGUCUGGACCUCUCUGACGAGGAGGCCGUCCACUACAUGCAGAGUCUGAUCGACGAGAGUGUUGGGGCUCUGUUUGCUGCCGUUGUCGAGCAAAUUCACAAGUUUGCUCAGUAUUGGCGGAGGUAAAACGUUACCUGGAACAACGCUAUCUUCGCGGGACACAUCCACGCUGCAUUUCCAGGCCAAUUUAAUAAUCACACCCCAUGCUGAUUUAAAAAGUACUUCACCGGUUCGCUUUAAUUUACUCCAAGCCAUGCCACUCGGGCCCACGGGAGCGUGAAAUUGCUCCACAAUUUUUCUACGCUGGGAAAAUGGUUUAAAAGUUAGCAUGUUAAACUGGCAGGAAUUGCAUCCGAUGACUCACUGUACAUUUGCCAUCCGUUGUUUGUUUUUAUAUUGUCAUUUUUUAUGUUCAAGAGUGUUUGAAUUAACUCCCGUAUCUACGAUAGGUACUCUCAAGUUAUUCAUAUAGUCGUCACCGACGCGCUCUGGAGGUCGACGUUGGAAUACCGUUCCAGUGGCCAGCAGGCAGGAAACUCACCUCAUGCAUCUUUAUUUACUUUGCAUAUUGAUUUUAUCACCACCACUUAAGUCCUCGUUUUUAUGCGCUAGAUGCAUUCCUGAAAAGUGCUGCAUUAAACGAAAAAUGCAUUCAGCGAAAACUAUUUCUCCAUGAACAAUGUCAUGGUAGAGUUUGGCGAGAUAGCGACGUACGACUACGCACACGUAGUGAGACGGCAGGACGAAUAACUGAGGGUACGCCGCCACGUUACUGUAUAAUUCCGCGUACUGUAUCACUGUACCGCUCGGCUGCACAGCUCAAGAAAGUUCGUCGUCGACCGCUCAGAAACUGAGUUGUAACAGUGCACGUUCCGUAUGAUCACAACGGCGUGUAACUUGUUAUAACGGUGCGCUUUCUGCGUUACAACAGCUGGCGCUUUCCGAGUUGGGCGAAAAGUGAUCUCUUUUGGAAGAGCCACGUUAUGGAAAAAACGCGUUGUGUGAAUGUCACGCGUUAAGCGAGGACUUACCGUACUUUAGGGGUAGCAGCUGCCCUCACCCAAUCCCCUUACCCCCACCCAUGUGACCUCCCCGUGGCCACGUUCUUCGGUGUUUUAAGAUCACUGUUCAAUGCGACGGGAACUUUUUGUCAGCUCAGCGAAAUGCAUUUGCAAAAAAAAAUUCUGGCAUUAAGUUGAGGUCCCCAUGGUGCCGGUCACUGGAAUGGUGUUCUAAUGUCUACGUCCCGCGGGUGUUUGGCAACCACUUAUUAAAAACAGCAUAGUUAACGUGAAGUAUUAAAAUCUUAGUUUUAGUUAAUUUCAUGUAAACAUAGUAUUAUCUUUAUCAGAGAUUACACGUGGCCAAACUUGUCAUUAUGUAGCGUUUAAAUGACACAUUGCCACAUCGAGUGCAAUUGUUACCGCGGCUGGACUACAGUGGUAAACAGUGCGCAUGCCCGUAAACAAUGGUUUGCGUGUGUUCCAGACAUCGGGAAAAAAGUCGUUAGUUAUUAUCUCGAGUGGCUCUUUUAUAUUUUGCAUCAAUAAGAUGCUACAGCUGUGCAAUGGUUCACGCUCUAGACUUGAAACCCAAAGGUCCACUGGUUCGGUUCCAUCUCCCGGCUUGGCAGUUGAAAUGACGGGGCAAGCUUCUUAAAUCCCUCCACUGCCUUCGUCCACCCGGCAGUGUUAACGGGUGCAACCACAGUUAGUCGAUCCGCGGGGCGCGUGUGGUGGGGUAAAGCGUGGAUACUCCCCAUCUCUUUGAACUUCUUUCGUACCGUACAUCGCCAACCGUAAUAAUCUGCGACGUCUGGCCAGCGUGGUAGAGUAGGCCAAAAAUACUCUUCGACGGGGGGGGGGGGAGGUAGCCCUCUGAAGAUUCCUAAAGCGAUUCCUCUAGCGCUUCUGCCAGCAGUAGCACGAGCGAGCAAAUGGAGGGUCGCUCCUUUGAAUCCUUUCCCGUUCCGAUGACAUACGUAUGCGUACGUGUACGUCAUCAAAACGAAGAGAAAAAAAACUACCGGUAUCGAUGCUCCUACAAGGCCAUGCGGGAGGGCGAGUGGCGUAGUUUAGCACCAGUUGUGAAAAGUGCGGUCGUGUUGCAACAGUUAUCUGUGGUGUGAGUACAGUGUCUUUACAAACAGCGGCGCUAUGCCUCUAAAAAAAUAUAAUGUUGAGUCGCUUGUGUGUUCCGAGAUUUGUAGGUGAACGGGACCCACCCUGCAGCUUUCAUGUCGGUGGACAUCGUAUUUGCAGCAAGCGGAAAUCGACAUUUUGCUAAAGUUAACUUACAAAUUACGUGGUUUUAAAAUCUAAAAAACUGUACAGCAAUGUGAACGCUUUCAUAUAACGAUUUCAUCAUUCAGAUUGCGAAUUUGAGAUCUGCUAAUCACUAAAUAGGUCCAACAUAAUUGAAUUAUGAAGCAUAAUUUAAUUCGUAAUUUACAGCAAGGUCAUCGCACAGCUGACAUCUGCCACAUGUGUGCGCGUGCGUGCUUGCGCGUGUGUAAGUUACAUCCUUAUUUGUCCAGCAUCAAUAAAGGGCCUUGAUGCCGUUUCAGCAAUGCUGUCGUUGUGAACACGGUGUCCUAGCAAGUUACGCAAACAUUCAAAUUGGUUGUGCCUUUUCUUCGCCUCUGUGUGGGGGGGGGGGGGGGACUCUGCCCCCUGCGAUAAAAACUUCGUGUUUUAUUGUGCCGUCUCCAAAGUAGCGGCGAUCCAACGUGUUUCCAUGGCAGGUUCCGUUUGAACAGGCGGUUUUUACUGCCUCCUUGUCUCUUGAUUCUUCGUCUUCUCGCUUGCUUCCUUGCUUGGUUUUAAAGUGUUUGUCUCAGCUCCGUUGAGACUUUUUUUUUCUUUGUUACUUUUUGAAUCGCGAACCAAUUGGUUAACACGGGGCCUGCGGAAACUCGCCUAAUGCGGUUGUUAAAAAAAUAUCCACCCGUGAGAAUGUCUUCAUGUUCUCGAGGCCGGCUAUUUUAAAGGCGUCAAAUACAGCUGGCCUAGAAAGGGGGG